AUGACCAAGCCGAGGGUGAAAAAGUUCGAAGACCCCAACCUGUGGAUAUACGAGCACGUGCUAAAAAAUGGGGUAAAGAGGGAGAGCGGUAGAAUUAUGAAGGAUGACCUGAACAAAAAGGCAGCGGAGAAAUUGAGGGAAAUUAUUGAGGCCUCCAAACAGUACGACAAAGAACUGAAGGAAAUAAAUUACAAAACGGAUGCUUGUCUAGGCCUUCCACAUAGGGCCCCCAAAAUAGACGUGAAUACGUUACCCUUCAGUCCACUUAAUCCGAAGAGCAAAUUGGUUCUGUGGAAAAAAUUUUUGUCCAGGGGGGACGCAUCAGCGCAGGGCGGUUUGGACGGCCCCUUCGGUGGCAAAAUGGGUCUCAAUUGGGGCAGCAAAAUGGGUGUCAAUUGGGGCGGCAAUUUGGGCAGCAAUUUGGGCAGCAAUUUGGGCAGCAAUUUUGAUGUCAGUUUUGGUGGCGCUGGUGGGACUUCCCCUUGCCUAGAGAACAACCCCAUGAAAAAAAACGCGGCUCCAAAAAGUGAAGAAAAAAAAGAAGCCAAAAAGAGUACCAUUUUUAGUAAAUUGAAAAAAACAAAAAAAGAAGAAAUUUGCAAAGCUACCUCUUUUUUCAAUGACCAUAUGAGUUAUUACGAUACACAUUUGAAGGAGAAAUUUAUGAAUAUUUUUUUGAAUUCGCUGGAGGAAAAUAAUGAGAGUGUCAAACGGGAAAAUGUGGACUCUCCCGUUGUUGAAUGCCAUACUGGGGAUAAUGCCAAACGAGCAAAACUGGGGAGAGACGCAGAAGAAUCUCUUUGCAGCAAUGCCGCUCUGCUGGAGAAGGCCAAGUGUAGUGAUUCCCUUUGGGGGGCAUACCCUAAAGGGGAAGUUAAAACGGGUUAUGCUGCUUUUAAGGGGCCACCCAAAGGUGGCACGAGCGAGGCGCACCUACGGAAAGGCGCUGCUUAUGGAGGUGCAGCUUAUGAUGGUGAUGCUGCGUACAGUGGUGAUGCUGCGUACACGGGUGAUGCUGAUCUGUGCGCCGACUCCGAUCCGCGGUGGGACCUCCAACAGGGGGACAGUGCCAAGCAUCGCAGUGGUAAUCAUCGCAGUGGUAAUCAUCGCAGUGGUAAUCAUCGCAGUGGUGACGCGUUGGCCCAAGCUGCCGAGGACGCGACCUGCUUUGCAGGCCAUUUUCAAAGUGAGGCGGAAAAGGCAGAUGCCAAUUUGUUCAACUCGUUAAGGGGUACUCCAAGGGGGAAGACGACCCUUUCGGCGGGUAAAUCCCAACCGGGGGAAACCCCCAUAGAAGAAGCAGAUAGGAGUAGCAGGGGGGGAAAAACGGGGGAGGAAAAGGCAUCGAAGCCGCCUAAUCCAGCGAAGUCGUCUAAUCCAUCGAAGCCGUCCAAUCCAGCUAAGCCGUCUAAGUCUUCUAAUCCGCCUAAUCGCACUCCGAACCUGCACAGUUUCAACAUUUUUGAGAAAAUGAACAGCACGUCGUUGUACGGAGGGGUAGGCAACCAGGGGGAAGAUCCUAUCUCGUCGAUUCUGCAAAACUUGAGGGAGAAGAAGAAGAAGAAGGAAAACUCGUGUGUGAUGGGGAGCAGCUUCUCUGAACCGGACGCAGUAACGACGGUUGAGAGAAAACCUCCUGUGGAUGGCCAACAUGGAGUAACAACCCCUUUGUCUCGUACCAUCUUAGAAGGUGGAGAUGUGCCUACACUGGAUAAAGGACGGAACGAACUUAACAGGACAAAGUCCACGCAAAAGAGCAGAGGGCAGAACACACCAAAGGGAAGAGAAUCCAUUUUGCAGUACGAAUACCUAGACAGUAACAACAUAACGGUGCAUGCACUGAGUCAGCAUGUUGGAAUGGAAGAAGAAAAAAUUAUUAACGUCAGUAAAUUUAUUCUAGAUAAUGAACAUAUUAAUAAGUACACGAAGUUGGAGAAGGAAGUAGCGGAAUUAAUUUGUGAAGAGUUAGGUGUGGUAGAUAAACUAAAAUAUAGUCAUGUCAAUUUAAAGAAACGGAACCCUGUUGUAACCAUCCUUGGGCAUGUAGAUCAUGGGAAGACUACUCUACUGGAUAGAUUCCGAAACUCCAAUAUUGCUCAAAACGAAAUCGGUGGAAUCACUCAAAAAUUAGGUGCAUUCGAAGUUGUAGAUAAAGAAACAAAUAGAAAAAUAACCUUUCUAGAUACUCCAGGACAUUCCGUUUUUAAAAAAAUUAGACAAAGAUGUGCACAAUGCACCGACUUGAUUAUAUUAGUUAUUUCUAUGGAUGAUGGAAUUAUGAGUGAAACUGUAGAGUGUAUCCAGCUAGCCAAAAAAUUUAACAUCCCAUUUAUUGUAGCAGUAAAUAAAAUUGAUAAAUUUGGGUCCGACUUGGAAAAAAUAUCCAAAUCGUUAGUACCAUAUGAUGUCAUAACAGAGUUGGAAGAAAAUGGACGGGUCCCAAUUGUUCCCAUUUCUGCAAAGGAGAACAUAAAUAUUGAUAAGCUUCAAAAAUGUAUUCUACAAGUCAGCGAUUCUUUAAAUCUCAUGUGUGAUUAUGGAAACCUCUGCUCUGCAUACGUAUUGGAGAAGAAGAUCCAUCCGUCUAAGGGCAAACUUCUCACCGUGGUGUGCAAAUCGGGUACGCUAAAAAUUAAUUCAUAUCUUCUAAUCGGACACAUGUACACAAAGGUGAAGCAGAUCUACAACUGUAAUAAUCAGUUGGUGAAGGAGGCCUACCCGUCGGAGGUGGUCCAAAUAGUCAGCCCCAUUUCGCUAACACAGGAUAGUGGCAUAAAUUAUGGAGACCUCAUUUUCGAAAUGAGCAACCUGAGGAGCGCCCAGAGAGUCGCCAAGUACAAGUCGAAGGUGGCGCAGUACAGCCUGAUGAGCAGUUACUAUGGGGAAGUUAGCGGGGUUAGCGCAGUUAGCGGCGGGGGUAGCGGUGUUAGCAGGGAUGGCAGCGUUGGCGGGGUUAGCAGCGUUGGCAGUGUUAGCAGGGAUGGCAGCGCUGGCGGCGUUGGCGGCGGGGUGGGGAGCCGGCCGAAGCUCCCCCAAAUCCAGCUGAUAAUCAAAGCGGGGGAUGAGGGAAGCAUAGAAGCUAUCCUCGAAGGAAUUGCCGAAUACAGGAGGAAAGAAAAAAAAGAAAAAUACUGCGAUAUUAGUAAUUUUGUAGAUAGAAAUUACGUGAAAAAAAAUAAGCUAACAGAUGACAUGGUAGAGGAUGGAAAAAUAUUUGAUAAUUGGGAACCAUUCCGAGUUGUGUCCAAAGGAGUGGGCUCUUUCAACAUGAACGAUUUGAAAUACUGCAGUGAUGUGAAGCCCAUAUUUUUAAUUGCCUUCAACGUGGAGAUAGAAAAAAGUGUGCAGCUGAAUAUUGAAGAGAAUGGAGCCAUUUUAAGGAGCCACAAUAUUAUUUACAAAUUAUUUGAGGAUCUAGAAAAAAUUUGUAACUUUUACUUCGAUUCGCUACAUGUUUAUGAACCCGUUUCCAGGAUGCUUGUUAGUAAGACUGGGUUUUAUACACUGAAGAAAAAUAAGUCGAAGAAGAAAAGAGUGCUGUCCGUUUCGAUUAAGGAGGGGUCGUGCAACGUGAAUCACUACUUCACUGUUAUGAGGAACAAACAGGUUAUCCACAAAAGGCUGUCCGUUUUGUCAAUGCAGAAGAAUAAGGAUAGCACCACGGAGCUGGGAAAGGACUGUCCUGUCAACUCCAUCAUUUUUAACACCUCCUCGGAAGACUUUGAGGUGGGCGACGAAAUCGUGGCCUACAGGAAGGUGCCCCGUGCGCCUCUCUUCAGCCGGGUGAAGAACUUCGACUUGGCAGUGUAA